AUGGAAAAAGCCUUAGAACGAGCUUUGGAUCGUGCAGAGUGUGUCAUUGAAAGUGUGCGGCAGAGUGUCCUUAAACGUAAACGGUCAUGUGGUGGGAGGAAAUCUCUCCAUGACAAACUGUAUGACCUCUAUGUCGAAGAAUGUGGAAAGGAGCCCGAGGUUACAGAGGAAUUAAUAAGCAAUGUGAACUUGUUAGAAAAGCUUGUUCAGAGGGAGUCCUUGUCCUGUUUGGUGGUCAACCUGUACCCAGGAAAGGAGGGCUAUUCGCUGAUGCUCAAGGGACCAAAUGAACCACAUUCAGAGACCAUUCGACUGCCUUAUGAAGAAAGGGCAUUUCUAGAAUAUUUAGAUGCAGAGGAAUUGCCUCCUGCAUUGGUGGAUCUCCUGGAAAAGUCCGAGCUGAACAUUUUUCACAGUGGGUGUGUCAUAGCAGAAGUUCGGGACUAUAGGCAGGGCAGUAAUGCGGUGCCCCCUGGUUACCAGAGCAGGCACGUCCUCCUCCGCCCAACGAUGCAGACGUUGGCCUGCGAUGUACAGUCCAUAAGCAGUGAUAACCAGGAAUGGACCCAGGAAGACAAACUGUUACUUGAGAGCCAGCUGAUCUUAGGUACAGCUGAACCCCUGUGUCUUGAUCCUUCUGUAUCAGUAGCCUGCACUGCAAACAGGCUGCUCUAUAACAGGCAAAAGAUGAACACUCCAGCGAUGAGAAGGAACUUCAAGAAGUAUUCCACAGCCUCCCUGAAUGUGCAGCAGGAGCCAUCUUGUAGUCUGGACCCUCACAACAAAAGGGAGGAAAGUCAAGCAGCUGAGGAAAAUGACCUCAAAAUUUCCAAGGCAGGAAAAGGUGUGGAUAUGUGGAACCAGAGACCCUGUGACUUGGCAGUCCCUUCUGAGGCAGAUGUAGAGAAAUAUGCUACUGAGGAAUGGUCUUUUGAAUGUGAUGACUCACCACUAACAGAAUGGCCAGCCUAUGGGGAAAAUGAGGAUAUUUCUCUAUUUGGAUGUGAAGCUGGUGAUCAGUCCCAGACAACAGAGCUGACCUUCAUGAACUCUCUUAAUGAUCCAUUUAUCUCAGGAAUAGAAAGUUCACCUAAAAAAGCCAGAUGUGGGACACCAGUGUCUCACGGUCACUCCUUCAAAGAUGACCAUUGCUAUAGUUUGAUGCCUGAGUCUAACAUUGACACUGGGGAAACAGACACUCUGUUCGAGGAACUGGAGCCACUGAGCUCUGAAUGUGCCAUCCAUGUGACACAGGGCUCCAGCGGCUCAGGCCCUCUGAGCCAGCUUCCUCUGCAGAAAGAAGCAGCACAGCCUCUGGCCACGUCAGUCCAGUCUUCAGUACCUGGGGAGGGAGUGCAGUGCGUCCCUCCACCCAUCAGCCUCCUCUCCAGCUCAGGAAAGAGUGCCUCAGGUAAUAACAGUUUCACUCCCCAGCAGGCAAGCCGCAUUCGCCUUCUUAAAAUGCCAUCUCCUAUCCCUGCUUCAAAGCCACCGAGUCUUCUUCAGAAAUCCUCUGUGGAAGUGAACCGUGUUAGCACACUUCCUACAGCCACCCUGUGUGCUGCCAGCUCAGCACAAACAAUUCCUGCCAGCCAGGUCAAGGCCAAGUCUGCUGGCUCCAACACCAUCGAAGUGGCAGACCCUGUUCCUGAAGCCCAGACUGUGGUGAGAAGUUUCAACCCUGGGAGGGCCUCUGUUGCUAGGGCCAGGGCUCCUGUACCAGGCAAGACCACCUGCCUGCCCUCAAGAGAUCAGUCACCAAAUACACACCCCGCUGUGCCACAGGCUCUUUCUCAGGGAGGUAUUCAGCAUCAUUUAGGAGACUUUUCGAGAUUUAGUCCUAUAGGUGUUCUCUGGGGUCCAAAAGGUUUUGACAUUUGGAAAACCCCGCCAUCACAGGAGCUGUUUUGUCAGUUGUUGCCAGCACCACACCUUCGGCAGCGCCCCACUUCUCCUCAGCAGCCGGUGUUGCAGGGUUCAAGUGUACAGGGUUUGGCCAGUCAACAAACAGCCCUAUCUGCUCACCUAACUCCCGUCAUUAACCGCAACGGGGUCGGAAGCGUUCUACAGCCCCAGAUCAUGGUGCAGUCUCAGCCCGUGAUACCAGCAGUGCAAGUGGCAUGGAACAACGUGAAUAGGGAAGAUCGAGUGAAGGAGACUCAUUCUUGA